GAUAGAGCCAGUCAAGAUUCAGCCCGAUUCGCAUCGUCUUCGUCCCAUCAUGGACAGUCCCGAACCCGAUACGCCCUUUGCGGCCGUCAGUGCCCAAACAACAAGAGCCGGAAUGACUUUUGGUCAAAUGCANNGCUCUAUCAAUCGUAUCUGGACAAGUCAACGCCGUACAAGACAUACCGCUGGAUUGGAACUGGUGUCGUCUUCUUGAUGUUCGCUCUGCGCAUCUUCUUUGCACAGGGCUGGUAUAUUGGUACGAACAUCUCGCCUGCCACAUCCAAGCACGAUCCCCUGACACUUUCCACUCACNNAGUCGCAUACUCGCUCGGCAUCUACCUCCUGAACCUCUUCCUCGCCUUCAUCUCGCCCAAGUUCGAUCCAGGUCUCGAGUCGGCCGAGGACAUGGAAGAGGGAAGCAGUGGAGAUCUCCCCACAAAGUCGACCGACGAGUUCAAGCCAUUCGUGCGCCGCCUCCCCGAAUUCAAGUUCUGGCACGCAGCCACACGCGCCAUUGUCAUUGGUUUCCUGUGUUCAUGGAGCGAGAUUUUCAACCUGCCCGUCUUCUGGCCUGUUUUGGUUGUUUACUGGUUGAUUCUCGUUGUCUUGACCAUGCGCCGCCAGAUUCAGCACAUGCUGAGUAAGGAUAUCCACAUCACAUAUGCUGGAAGAGAAGAGAAAGCUGACAGGCAAACCAACAGANNGUACAGAUAUGUCCCAUGGGACUUUGGCAAGAAGAAUUACGCCGCCAAGAACAGCAACUGA